CCCUAACAAUUUUAUUAAAAAAAAAAAGGGGAAAAAAAAGCGUAGCAUGAACACCUCACAACCUUUGCACUUGUUCAUCCUCAACUCAGCUACUCAACAACGACACCAACAUCCUCAUCCACACCGCACACUACUUGUGUUCUCUCAAGGUCUGUUUUUUCUCCUCAUUCUACACAAAGCAAUCACCUUUACACUCGCGUACUUCUGUGUGUUUCUUCAAACUGAAAUUGUGUUAGAAAUUUGGAAAACCAGCAUAAUGGAAGACAACGACUCUAACAUAAGGAGAUGGGAGGAUCUGGACAUAGAUAUUUUGGUGAAGAUUUUUCAGUUGCUUGACAUUUUUCAGUUGACAUCUGGCAUCUCUCGUGUUUGUAGUGCAUGGCGCAUGGCUUGCUGUGAUCCACUUCUUUGGAGAACACUAGAUUUGUCACUGUUAAGAUCUAAUUUCAUCAAGAUCCCAUUAGAGCCAUUUGUUUACGUUGAUGGACGAUCUGAUAGGACAUUGACGCGUAUAUUGAAGAUUUCGCUGGGUCUCAGCCGGCUGAAUAUAAUGACUUUGAUCUUCCAUUUCAACUUGUACGUAAGUGAUGAACAGUUGACAUACACUGCUGAAAGGUGCCCAGGACUCAGACGACUCGUGCUGCCAGCUUGGAACAGAAUCAAGAAACCAGGAAUGUGCAAGGCCAUCCGCGGCUGGAAGGAGUUAGAGUCCAUGACAAUGCCUAGUAUAGCAAAUCCACCAUAUAUUUUGGAGGAAAUCUCAACGCACUGCCAGAACUUCAGUGAACUCAAGAUUAUGGGGCCAUGUGACAUGUUCUUUGCUAAGUCUCUUGCUGUGUUUCUCCCAAAACUAAGAGUCUUGAGCCUUCGAUGCUCAAUAUUAUAUAAGGAUGUUCUCAUUUUCAUCCUUGACAACUUGCAACACUUAGAAGUGCUCAACAUAUCACAUUGCAUUCUGAUGGAAGCCCUUCCAGCUCCUCAUCAUAGAAGAACCAUUAAAGAAAUUGAUGUGUCUAUUUGCCAGAAGGCUUCUCGGUUGCGUGAAUUUCUCACAUGCAUGGACGACGCGUGUGUCAUGUGCCAAAGAACAAGAAAUGAUGAAGGAUUGGUUAGGUGGUACAAGUACGAGGAAGGGCUUUGGAAAACAGAUGAGGUGAGGUCUCUCGCACUUUAAGCAAACAAAAGCGAUCUGAUACUGAUCUAGCUGUUACCGAAACACAUGUCACAUUUUCUUUUGUCAAGUUACAAUGCUACCUUUUUUUGGGUACAUAGUUACCAUGCUACCUUAAGUCUAGAUCCAAAUAAACAAAGUUUUAAUUCUUAUGCAUGAAUGCUGUUGCACCCUUUAGGAGUCAGCCAUAUCUUGUAACUGUAUAUAGGAAUAAUAAGUUAGUUUCUGUAGUUGGUUUCAUUUUGAGAAGUAUUAUCUAUCAUGAAAAUUUGAUAAGACAAUAAUUUUAGUUCUUUAUAGAGUACAAGGAGAUUAGUUUUGGCCUGUU